AUGUACUUUUUACCCCAUUUAACCAAUGGUUGGCAAGUAGACCAAGCCAUUUUAUCUGAAGAAGAUCGUGUGGUUGUCAUUCGAUUUGGACAUGAUUGGGAUCCUAUUUGUAUGCAAAUGGAUGAAAUUCUCUAUAGCAUUGCAGAAAAAGUGAAAAACUUUGCUGUCAUUUAUCUGGUGGAUAUUACGGAAGUACCCGAUUUCAACAAGAUGUACGAAUUGUAUGAUCCAUGUACAACCAUGUUCUUUUUCCGUAAUAAACAUAUCAUGGUGGAUCUGGGCACAGGCAACAACAAUAAGAUCAAUUGGGCAUUGGAUGAUAAGCAAGAAAUGAUUGAUUUGAUCGAGACUGUGUAUAGGGGUGCCAGAAAAGGUAGAGGUUUAGUCGUGUCGCUAAAGGAUUAUUCAACAAAAUACAAGUACUAG